ACCAGCAGCUGAUCAAAGCCACAACUCAGUUAUAUAUAUAGAGACAGGAAACCCAUGACAACUCUCCGUCCGUAGAAGACUUCAAGAUUCAAGAAACACACAAAACGAGAAUGAGGGUUUUGCUUAUCGUCACCACUCUCCUGGCUCUGGCCAGUGCAGUCAGCGUCUCUCUGGAAGACCUGGAGUUCAAUGAUUGGAAACUGAAGUUUGGUAAGAUCUAUAAGUCUGUAGAGGAGGAGUCUCAGCGUAAGAUGAUCUGGCUGGAAAAUCGUAAGCUGGUCCUGGUACACAACAUGCUGGCUGAUCAGGGCAUUAAGAGCUACAGACUCGGAAUGACCUACUUUGCAGACAUGAGUAACCAGGAGUACAGAGAGUCUGUGUUUAAGGGCUGCCUGGGAUCCUUCAACAGGACCAAGAGACACAGUACAUCUACAUUCCUCCGAGGGGGAGGUAUUCUGCCCAAAACUGUGGACUGGAGGAAAAAGGGCUAUGUGACUGAGGUUAAGGACCAGCAGGAUUGUGGCUCUUGCUGGGCCUUCAGUGCGACAGGGUCACUGGAAGGUCAGACUCGAAGGAAGACGGGGAAGCUGGUGUCACUGAGUGAGCAGCAGUUGGUGGACUGCUCCAGGCAAUACGGGAACUUUGGGUGCUUGGGAGGCUGGAUGAAUUCAGCUUUUGAAUACAUUAAAGACAACAAUGGAAUUGAUACAGAGGAGUCCUAUCCUUACGAGGCCAGUGAUAAUGAUUGCAGGUUUAAUCCAGCCACUGUGGGAGCCACCUGCACUGGCUAUGUGAAUAUAAAAAGUAGAGAUGAGAAAGCUCUACAGGAAGCUGUGGCCACCAUCGGACCCAUUUCUGUUGCCAUAGAUGCAGGCCACAUGUCCUUCCAGCUCUAUACAUCUGGUAUCUACGAUGAGCCAGACUGUAGCAGCACUGAACUGGAUCAUGGUGUCCUGGCUGUUGGUUAUGGCAGGGAACAAAAAAAAGCCUACUGGCUGGUCAAGAACAGCUGGGGUCUUGGCUGGGGUGACAAUGGCUACAUCAAGAUGUCAAGGAACAAGAAUAACCAGUGUGGUAUUGCCACAAAUGCCAGCUAUCCUCUGGUUUAAAGGUGUUAUUAAAAAAAAUUUAAAGGUGGGUGAAUAACAACUUCAUGGCUAGCUCACUCUGCAGCAACUACAUGACUUAAUUAUCAACACCACCAUUUAUCUUCCUGAACAUAAAAUUAGUUGUAGUCAUAUAUUUAUGCAGAAUGAUUAUAAUCUGAAUAAUAUAAUCUGACUUUACUGCUGCAGUUGGAACUGUAUUGAUCUGUAUUGAGUCAUUUUUAAUUCGGCUUUCCUUGUUAUGAUCCCUUUUCUCUUAAUUUCUUAAUUAUCAUGAUUUGUUAAAUACUCUGUACCAAGCAAGCUAUGACAUUCAAUGGUGAGAUUAAUACUGUUAAUUUUCACACACACACUGUCUUACUGUUACACACUGUCUUUUCCACAUGGACUCCAAUCAAAUUGUUAACUGUCAUUUAUCUUACAUCUUUACCUUAAUAUCCUUUGUCUGCAAAUGUAGCAUUUUCAAGGUUGGUAGUUGACUUAAAAUUCAAGUAAAAUGCUGUUCACGUCUAGGCUGAUUAAAAUAGCUCACUUUCCUGUAAAAGCUACAGACAAACAUGUCAUUUAUUAAUCACUUUUUAUGCAAUAAACGUCAAAUAAUCCAA